UCAUAAAUGUGACUCGCGGUUUUAAGGGGGUUCGGGCAGCAGCAUAUCGAGGUAGGUACUUGACUGUAUGUCUAAUAUCGCUUUUUGGCCGGAGUGGAGCUGAACGUUUAGUCGACGUUUCCGUCUUCUGGCCCGCGAUAGAGAAGCUAGGAGCUAGCUUGCUAAAUAGAUAACUAUCCAACACGGGGACUCCUAAACUUUUCAGGUCCCUGGACUUACGUUUGACAAUCCCAGAAGCAUAACUUAGUAGCUGUGUUGAUCCAGAAGAAUUUCCAUGUCUGCAUCAGUGCUGGAAACCAAAAGAGAUGUCUGUUGAUGAGGAUACUGUAAAAACUGGCAGUCCACAGGCCAGCUCAACAUCAUCUCUGCAGCUAUCAGAAUGUACCGGAGGUUACAGCAAUAUAUCUGUGAUGGUGGAAGGUACCGCAGCCACCCCUGAUUUUGCAGCUGCUUGUCCUGUUCCGGGCACUGAAGCCUCACCAAAACACACCAGCACGACUAAAACGCGUACCCACUCAGACGAUGCUGAACAGAGAGCCAGAGGGAACGAGAAUAACAUCAAUCGCAGGAGCAGCUUUCAUCAUUCCAAACAACAGCAACAAACGAAACUAACAAAGCGUCGCAACACAGCAAACUCUAGUUUCAAGCAUCCGACAUCUGGCAAGAGGAGACGAAGGGCCAACUCUGAGAGUGACUCCGUCCUGCCUACCAACUUCCUCCUGGGUGGGAACAUUUUUGACCCACUGAAUCUCAACAGCCUGCUGGAUGAGGAGGUCAACAGGGCACUGAAUGCAGAGACCCCCAAAUCCUCCCCGCUGCCAGCGAAGAGUCGAGACCCUGUGGAGAUCCUCAUCCCCAGAGACAUCACAGAUCCGCUGAACCUGAACAGCGGGAUAGCAGGCAGCAGCUUUUUGGUGUCUCCCUACAAGAGUGGUGGCAGGAAGAGACACCGCAACAGACACCAUGGAGGUGGAGGUGGUGGUGGUAGUGGGAUUUCAACCACACAGAUCAACCUCUCAGAAUCUGGAAAAAGUGAGGUUAAAACUGGCACCUCCACACCGCUUCCAGGUAUGUUAGCCUCAUGUUCUACACUAGAUGUCUCAAAAGAGUCCAACAGUUUCUCCAGUGUCGCAGGAGAUUCCCAUGAGCACUCAGCUGACAACUCAGCCAGUGGCAAGGAGGAUAUGACAUCUGUAUCUAUGGAGGACUCCACUUCCUCCAUAUUGGGGGGGCCAAACCAGCACACAAGCAGACGCAAGCGUAGACGCAACUCUGGCAAAAUGGAGCCCCCUGUGACCCAUUCUACGCCAAUUGGAAAGUCAGGAUCUGGAGACAGGAGUUGUGGUACAGGGGGACCGAAAAAUGCUCAGUCCUUCCAAACACCAAGGAGUGGUCCCAAAACGGGGCCAGGAGGUCGCCAGCACCAGCAGCCCCACAAUCAGGCGAAGGAGCAACAGAAGAAGUUCCAGUAUGGAAACUACAAUAAGUAUUAUGGCUACCGCAACCCAGGAGCUAGUGAAGACCCACGGGUACGUGUGCUUCGUCCAGAAUGGUUUGAAGGUAAAGACGUUCUGGAUUUGGGGUGCAACUCAGGCCACCUAACACUUUAUAUUGCCAAAAUGCUAAGACCUGCCCGCAUAUUGGGUCUGGAUAUUGACAGUGGUCUGGUACAUGCAGCCCGUAAGAACAUCAGACAUUAUCUAUCUGAACUGCAGACCCAAGAGGCCAGGCGUGCAAUGCAGAGCACUAAACAGGAGGACAGGAAUGGUAAUGGCACAGACAAGAAGCACAAUGAAGCAGAGAGCAGGGAUGAAAAUGGGAAACCAGUGAAAGGAGAAAGUGGCCCUGCAGAGGCUGUAAAUGACAAUGACUCCUGUCACACACACGAGGCAGGGACCCAGAGGCAGGACAGCAAAACAGAUGAAAUGGAGCAGGAAGAUUGUGAUUCAACCCCCGCUGAUCACUCUGUGAGCUGCUCUUUUCCUGUGUCCCUUCGGAUCUCCAGGGGGCCCAUAGCUGCACCUCCACUGACAGAAACAUCCACCACACGGCCGGGGGAGUUCCCCUCAAAUGUGUCCUUCAUCAAGGCCAAUUAUGUACUGGAGAACGAUAAUCUUCUUUUGACUCAGCGGCCAGAGUACGAUGUGAUCAUGUGCCUGAGCGUUACCAAAUGGGUUCACCUGAACUGGGGAGACAGUGGCCUCAAGCGGCUCUUCAAGAGAGUCUACAGACAUCUCCGUCCUGGAGGCAUGUUCAUCCUGGAGCCACAGCCUUGGGAGUCGUAUGUGAGGAGGAAGAAGCUGACGGAUAACAUUAGCAGGAAUUAUCACAGCAUCCGCCUCAAACCUGACCAGUUUUCAUCAUACCUUACAACUGAGGUGGGCUUCUGCAGUUUUGAGUACCUUGGGGCCCCCAAGUGUUCAAUAAGAGGUUUUCAGAGGCCAAUCUACUUAUUUCACAAAUGACCGCUCCUGCCUUGAAAAUCAUUGAAUGUGAGUAGCCUAAACCACCACCAGCCAGCUGCCCUGGACUGCAAGGAAUCAUCUGAAACCUUAACAGUUACUCCAGCUACUCAGAUGCUGAAGAUGAAAUUCAGAAAGGAGAAUGGGUCCAAAAGUGGAAUUAAUUUUCUAAAGAUGAGAUCUGUAGAGAAGAGGCACCUAUCAGAAUCCUCUGUGACUACAAAUUCUUAAAAACGUAUGGCCUGAACUCAGAUAGGACUCCACAAUGUAUAACCUGGAGCCAAACAUCACAGUUUGGCCAGACUGUGGAAGAGGUGCUCAUCUGAUCAUUUCCUUGGACUAUCCUAGUGCUAAUGAUGCCUCAGUUUGAUGCACGGCCAUAACAUGUGUUUGAAUAUCUUUGACCAUAUAUCUUUACUUUCAUAACUUUGUUCUGUGCCACCACAUCACCAUACAUUAUACCUAUCAGGGUUGGGCAAUAGGGCAGACUUUUCCAAUUGGCCACGAUCACCACUUGAACUGGCGAUAAAUGGUGUAUUCACCACAUUAGCUAUGUGACCCAUUGUGUGUUGCAUCUGCAAAGCUGCAGUAUACCACUGGAUUACAAAGCCAUUAAACAGAUCAUACUGACAUGAUGUCUGUUGAAAAGCCACACUGGAGAGCAGGUAAUGUGUUUUAUGCUUUUAGGACACUGUGCAGGCUAUCGGUGUAUAAAGCCCUGUAUUACCGGCUCCAUUCCAACUACUGGUGGCAUAGGAAUUGUGCUCUUAGUGGUUAAAUAUCAUGUUUGAAGCCUUGAAUCCUGUUGCGGCAGACAUAAAUGCACAUAUUUUGGUGAAAUGAAAACAGCCAAAUAAAUUCCAUCAGCCACAGAGUCGGUCUAUAGCUGCUGAUGUAUUUGUCCCAUCUCCCAACCCUAAUAUAUAGUUUGUCAUUACUUUGCAAAAUAGGCCUAAGAGCUGAAUGAACUUUGAUCUGUUACAGACCUGCAAAAAUGUAUAAUUCCACAUUUUGAAAUGGACAAUUGCACAAACCGAAGACCCUAUGAAGUGGAAAGUAGCUCGUCUAAGUGAUAAAGACAAUGAUGCACGAUGAGAAAUGUGCAUUCAAAGCAGCCAAAACAACAAACAUCCAGUGAAAUAGUGAGUGCUUACUCAGUGCACAGCCAAGAAGUUUCAAGGUAUUGUAUUGUCUUUUUUUUUUUUUUUUUUUUUUUUUUUUUUUGUAGUAGUAGUAGUAGUCAAUUCUUUAAAAACUGUCGUAAUGAAUAACGAUGCAGUCAUCAGAUAUUAGAUUAUGUCAUUAUAACAUGGAGAUAGUAUUUAGUUUUAGCAGGCUUACUACCACUGGGAGGAGUACUUAGUAUGGCACUUAAAACCUGACAUCAGCUUAAAUGUUAAAUCCAAAAGUGCAAGUUAAAAAAUCAGAUUCCUACAUUUUCAAGAGAAGAGUUUUAGCUGUUUUGAUUGUAAACUUUCUACAAACCUUCAGGCCGGUUUAAUUUACUUGAGAGCUUGAACUGUUUAGGAAGCAACAAAUCACUUCAUGGAUUCUUUAAGCCUUUUCGAUGCUCCAUCCAAAUGGUAGGGGGCACAUUUGAGCUGUGAUGACACCCAGGUGUUGGCUCAACUCAAAAUAAUUCAGCACAGAGACCACAAGGAAUAUUUUGCUAGGUAGAGCUGUGAGUAUGCAGUGAUCUGUUUUUCUUUUUUCUAAUGACAGUUAAGCCAUAGCCCCACCUUUUUAUAUGUUGUUUACAAUGUCCUUCAUGAGGUGCUGACUGAGAGUAUAAUUGAGUGUAAAAUUGAAGGCAGAGACCUGUUAUUAGAGAGUUGCUACAAUGUCUUCAAUGGUCUGACACAUGCAUUGUUUGGACAGGCAUUAAUUCAACAGCAUCAGAAUCAUGUGUGAUGCUUUUCUAGCUCCAGAGUUAGACUCAACUUCUGUAAGACUAAAUUUUACAUUUUUAGAAAAUGGAUUGUUACUAAAAUGUCUGAAAUAUAUCCAUAUGAUUUUUUUUACCAAAUUGAAAUAUUAAUAUUCUGUUUGUAUUGAAGCGCUGCCAAAAUAUUUUAUGGGUCUUUUCCUCUUGAAUUUGACAAAAUAUGCCAUGAUCAUCUUAGUCUUUGGCCUAAUGAGGACAGUUAUGAGUUAACAUGAUUGUAUCUUUAUUGGUGUGCACCGCUUAUCUACAUCCUUUCAUUCUAAGUGGCUCGGACAGAGAUUCUUCCUUUUUUGUUUGACUGGUUGAAUUACAGCAUUUGGCAUACUAGGGUAGGAGAUGAUGAUUUAUGUUUCUAUUUUAGUAAGUGAUCAAUGUAAAUACGUUUGCAAAUUUUGUUUUACUGUUGUCAAUAUUACGUUCAUAACUGCUUUUGUCAUUUUCCAGUGAAUUUUUUUUUUUUUUUUUUUUUUUUUGGUCUUGUUUUCAAAUGUUUGCUGCCAAGUUGUGAGUGAGUCACAAGUCAGAGUUUUUGUCCUAAAACGGAUCGCUAAUCCAGCUCUGUAACAACAAAUGAAUAUGUACAUUGCAAAGUUCUGAUGUGUUCGCUUUGUUCUGUCCUGGCAGGCACAUGGAUUGUUAGAUUGGCUCUUUAUUUUUUUAUAAACUGUUUGAAAGGAGUGUUGUUGUCAAUGCACUCUCAUUUCACUUCGUUUGAUACUUCAUUUGAAAUUCUUCAAAAUAGAAAAAAAUUUGAAUGCUUUUUCCAUCAAAUUUUUUAUAACAAGUUGUGGAACACUGAUUAACCUAUAAAAUGAAGCUUCAGGUUACAUUUUGAAUUGAAAGUGAAUUGGCCUCAACCUCAGUUGACCUAUCAGACAGGGCACCAAAUCACACCUUUCUCCUAAACUCAGACAAUCGGAUUCUCAGGCUUAGUUCCGCCCACUGCUGUAAUUUCAAGGGCAUUUUGCUUUUUGCAUUUUUAACAAAAGUAUUUGUUCGUGCAGAUCACAUAAUGGGCGUUUUGUGCUUUGCCACCAGUGUUAAAGAUUGCACCUUACUGUCUCAGCAGCGGUAUCUUACAGAUUUUAACCCAGUAGGCCUGACUUGUAAAUUCAGGUAUCCAAGCUAAAGCAUGUCUUUGCUGGAGAUGUGAAAUUGCACGUUGUCAUACAGUGCUGUAUAAACUUUUUGUACUCCCCUUGAUGUUUUGCCCAAAUUUAUUACUAUUUCAAAUUUGUGGUGCUCAGAUCUCAUAUUCAUGUUAUAGUAGUGUACAAUACAGUUUUGUGCAAUAUUUGCUCUUAAAAAUUGUUAUUCUGCCCUUUUAGCCAUCUCAUUGGAAUGAAUUUGAAAGUGUAGGAUGGAUUAAGAGGAGUGUAGUUUUGAAUGUGAAAGGGUUUAGGGUCCAAGUUUUCAUGUUGCAAAGAAAACAAAAAGUAAAUAUGACAAGAUAAAUUGCAGUGAAAGCACACCCAUUGUAUUUUUUUAUUUUGUAUUUAUAGUUAUGUAUUUACGUGUUUUGUAUUUGCAACGUGAAGACUGGGGACCCAUUCUAAGAUAUGGAUUUAGUGAAUUAUAGUAUUUGGUUAUCUGGCUUUUUGCUGAGAGAAAGCUCAGAGCUGUUCUGGGUUUUCUUUAACAAUAUUACGCAGAUAACUUUAUAAUCCUGCUUGUUGCAACAGACCUGUGGGUGCCACAGAAAGUAAACUUCACAUUCAGCACUGCUCACAUUUUCUACAUUUUCACUCAUCCUAUACACUAAAAUCCCAGUGAUUUCUUUAACAGCAAAGCAGUUUUCAAUGGCAACUAAUGUUUAAAACCUGUAGCUACAACCCACUUAUAAGAUUUGAGCAGCAUUAGCAAUGAAAUCAUCAAAUAUUUGUCAGAAACACAAUAAAGCCCUGACAAAAAAAGUUUUCUAAGAUGAAAGUACAUAAAACUGUAGUGAAAUAGCUAAAACUGGUUGCAUUAAACAAAAUAAUGUAGCACAACUGAUGCUCAAACUCAAGGGGUGUAUGAUUUUUAAUGGCACUAAAAUUUGUGUCUCCAUGUUGAAUUUGCACUGUUGACUCGAAGGAAUUGAACUAGUUUAGUACCUUUUUGCAGUUAAAGUUGAUGUUUUACAUGUACCUUAACUUCCCUAGAAUCAGUUUUCUGGAAAAACUGUACCCCCUCUGUCAGGGAAGCUUUUCAUUUUCAUGCCUCUGAACAACAAGAUAUAUCUGAAUGUUUCUUUGUGUUUAACAUUUUAAUUGAUUAAAAGUGGUUCCAGA